AGAAGCAGCAGGUGCAGAGGACCAAGUACUGAAAUCCAAGGGCAGGUACAAAAAGGAGGGUCAGAUAACCAGAUGGGCUGCAGGGCUCUCCAGUGGGUAGCUGGACCCGACAAAGAUCUUACUUCUGACUUCCAGGUAUGGUCCACACCAUCCUUGCUAGCAGGCCCUGAUGCUGCCCUAGGUUGGGCUAGGAGGCUCACACCCAGAGACCUGCCCUGCAAGUAGCCAUGGGGCCCAGAAGCUACCACUUCAGUCUUGGCUUCUCUGUCUCCAGACUGGGCCUUCUGUUCCUGCUCCCAUUCCUUCCAGAGUGCUUGGGAGCUGAGGGCAGGCUGGCUCACAAGCUGUUCCGUGACCUCUUCGCCAACUACACAAGUGCCCUGAGACCUGUGGCAGAUACAGAUCAGGCUCUGAACGUGACCCUGGAGGUGACAUUGUCCCAGAUCAUCGAUAUGGAUGAGCGCAACCAAGUGCUGACCCUAUACCUGUGGAUCCGACAGGAGUGGACAGAUGCCUACUUACGAUGGGACCCCGACGACUAUGGUGGCCUGGAUGCCAUACGCAUCCCCAGCAGUCUCGUGUGGCGGCCAGACAUCGUCCUCUAUAACAACUGCUAUGCUGCCCUGGAAGCUGUCCCCCAGGACCCUUUUAACCCAGGUGUUGGCAGUGAACCUCAUGGUGGGUUCCUAUUUAUGCAGAGGUGGUUGGGAAGCUCAGGCCCCCUGAGUUCAUCUUUUGUGCCCUACCUCACUCUGUCUCUUGCAGGGAAGUACUACAUGGCCACCAUGACCAUGGUCACCUUCUCCACGGCACUCACUAUCCUUAUCAUGAACUUGCAUUACUGUGGUCCCAGUGCCCGCCCAGUGCCAGCCUGGGCUCGGGCUUUCCUACUGGGAUAUCUGGCACGGGGCCUGUGCGUGCGAGAACGAGGGGAGCCCUGUGGGCAAUCUAGACGGCCCGAGUCACCUCACAGCCCCCAGCCUCCUGAGGAAGGGGCUGGCCUCCCAGCAGGCCCUUGCCAUGAGCCUCGGUGUCUGUGCCAUCAGGAAGCCCUGCUGCGCCACGUAGCCACCAUCGCUAACACCUUCCGCAGCCACCGGGCUGCCCAGCACCGCCAUGAGGACUGGAAACGCCUGGCCCGUGUGAUGGACCGCUUCUUCCUGGGCAUCUUCUUCUCCAUGGCCCUGGUCAUGAGCCUCCUGGUGCUGGUGCAGGCCCUGUGAGUCCACAACAAUUGCA